AGUGAGGGCUGGACGUGGAAAUGUGGUGACGGGAAUCAAGAAAAAAAUGGAUAUCAUGCUGGCACGCUAACCCAAAUACUGACGCAAACGUAAUUUAAAAUACCAUUUAACCAUUGAUUGUUAUAUCAACAGACUAAUUUUCCCAGGACAUCAUUACCUAGGCCCCAGGUUGCUCCUCUCCUUCCCAUAACUCUGCCCCAGUGGUCCUUAUUUUCAAUGAGUAGGAGGGCUAUGGAUUCUGGCCCAAGGAAGGAAAGACACCGGUUGUAGUUGGAUCUGGGGAUGUGCCAUGGGCUACGACGUCACCCGGUUCCAGGGGGAAGUAGAUGAGGACCUGCUGUGCCCCAUCUGCAGUGGAGUCCUGGAGGAGCCCGUGCAGGCCCCUCACUGCGAGCACGCCUUCUGCAAUGCCUGCAUCACCCAGUGGUUCUCCCAGCAGCAGAUAUGCCCCGUGGACCGCAGCGUGGUGACACUGGCCCACCUGCGCCCCGUGCCCCGCAUCAUGCGCAACAUGCUGUCCAAGCUGCAGAUCACCUGCGACAACGCCGGCUUCGGCUGCACCGCCGUGCUGCGCCUCGACCAGCUGCAGUCGCACCUCAGGGACUGCCAGCACAACCCCAAGAGGCCCUUCCAGUGCGAGCAGGGCUGCGGACUGGAGAUGCCUAAAGACGAGGUACCCAGCCACAACUGCAUCAAACACCUGCGCAGCGUGGUGCAGCAACAGCAGGGCAAGGUCACCGACCUGGACAAGACUACUGCUGAACACAAGCACCAGCUAGCAGAGCAGAAACGGGACAUCCAGCUGUUGAAGGCGUACAUGAGAGCCAUCCGCAGUGCCAACCCCAACCUACAGAACCUCGAGGAGACCAUUGAGUACAAUGAGAUCCUAGAGUGGGUGAACUCCCUCCAGCCAGCGCGUGUCACCCGCUGGGGCGGCAUGAUCUCGACACCGGACGCUGUCCUCCAGGCGGUCAUCAAGCGCUCGCUCAUCGACAGCGGCUGCCCGCCUUCCAUUGUCAACGACUUGAUCGAGAACGCCCACGAGAGGAACUGGCCCACCGGCCUGGCCACGCUGGAGACGCGGCAGAUGAACCGGCGCUACUAUGAGAAUUACGUGGCCAAGCGUAUCCCCGGGAAACAGGCAGUGGUGGCGAUGGCCUGUGAGAACCAGCAUAUGGGUGAGGACAUGAUCCUGGAGCCAGGCCUGGUCAUGAUCUUCGCCCACGGGGUGGAGGAGAUACUAUGACCCGGCUGAGGGUGGUGGAGAGCAGAGGGGAGACUGACCUGAACUGAGUAGAGGAGGGAGCAGGGGAUGCUGUAACUCUACAGUUGCAUCCCAAAUUCUACCCUGUUCUCUAUGGGCCCUGGUCAAAAGUAGUGCACUGUAAAGGGAAUAGGGUGCCUAUAAGAUAGUAAGAGGAGGGGAAGAGCCUAUGACAAAGCAGGGAUUAAGGAGAUAUGACACCAGCACCAGUAGACGGGUAUAGGGCAGGAGGUUGGCAACAGGUGGCCCACGAGCCAAAACCAGCCCGCAAGUGUUUUUUUGGCCCCCUAAAGCUUUUAGCAAUUUUGCGGCGAUUUUAGUUUUUUUGUCCAAAAAAUACUAAAAUCACCAGGAAAUCAGCUAAGAAUCUGUUGAGUUUAGGAAAUCUGUUCAAGUAUUCCCACUAAUAAAAAUAAAAAAAGAGAGCUGUGA